UCUCCAUGGCAACCACAGCCUCGUUCUCAGGCUCCAGCCCCUUGCCAGCCCCGCCUGGUGGCGAAGCGGCUGGAACUGCAUCCUCCGCAUCCACACCGCAUCCCUGUCCUCCCGCGACUGCGUCCUGCAGCAACUGCCUGCUGGGACAAGGACCGCCACCCGCCAUGGUGAAGCUGGGCUGCAGCUUCUCUGGGAAGUCAGGCAAGGAAAUGGGAGGCCACGAAGGGGCUGCCAUGGACAGUGUCCCUCUGAUCAGCCCCCUAGAUGUCAGCCAGCUUCAGCCCUCAUUCUCUGACCAGGUUCUCAUCAAAACACAGACAGAAUAUCAGCUUUCCUCCUCAGACCAGACAAAGAAGUUUGGAGAUUUGGAGGGUCAAAGGUUGGCCUGUGGCCACCCAGAGGAAGGACGCAAAGUGCCGACUGCAAGGAUGAUCGCCUUCGUCAUGGCUCUCAUGGGUUGUGUGCUGAUCAUGUACAAGGCCAUUUGGUAUGACCAGUUCUCCUGCCCUGAUGGCUUCCUGCUUCGGCACAAGAUUUGCACCCCGCUGACCCUGGAGAUGUACUACACGGAGAUGGACCCCGAGCGCCACCGCAGCAUCCUGGCAGCCAUGGGCGCCUACCCGAUGAACCGCAAGCAUGGCACCGAGAUGCCUGCUGCCUUUGGGAACAACUACCGGGCCUCCAAGGGGGAGCAUAAGGGUCCCACCCCAGCGACAGUGGUUGUGUCCACUGCAGCUGCAACGGCAGCAGCGGGCACAGAGCCAUCAGGGGAGCCUUUGACCAUAAAAGAGAAAGAAGACCCACAAAAGGCGGAGGGCGUGCCGUCCCAGGCCCCCCAGUGACUGUCGUCCCGACCCCCUCACACACACACACACACACACACACACUCCUGCCACUGACUGGGGUAAGUGUGUUCUGCCUAAACAAUGACUGGCUAGCUCAAAGGCCACAGGCUUGCUCUGCCCUGCUCUGCCCUGCCCUGCCCUGCCCUGCCCUGCCCAUCUCUCCCGCCCUUCCCUGUCCCCACGCCACCCUCCCCCCAUUUCCCCACAUCCCUCACUUCCCGCCAGUCCCAGAAACCUACCCAGCUGUGCACCCUCUCUUGAGGCUACCUCCGGGUCUGCGUACAGGGCUUGCCUUCCUGCCCAGCACACCAGUCCCCUGUCCCUUUCACCCUGACCCUUCUGUCUUCACAGCGACCCCCACCAGCUUCUUUGAUCCGCGCACCUCCUCAUGCUUCUCCACCCAGUGAUUGUGCUCCUGCCCCAAAGCACCCCGCUGAAGCCCCUGCCCCUGGUGGGCCUCUGACUCUGUUGCUUUUCUGUAAGUAAAGAUUCACAUCUACCUGA